AUGGCUAUGGGUGCUUUCCAAAAUUUCUUCUUCAUCAUCCUUAUCAUCUCUUGCUAUAUCCUCACAAUCGUCAGCGAACAAGAGGAGACUGGUUUCGUGAGCUCAAUAAAUCCUAAGUUGUUUAAAAAGAAAGAAAUAUUUAGUCACUUUAAAUUCUACUGGCAAGACAUCGUUGGAGGAAACAACGCUACAUCUAUUCCAAUUAUUCAACCUCUCCCCAAAUUCAACAACGAUUAUAGUGUUUUUGGUUUAGUGAGGAUAUUUGACAACGCUUUAACGUUAGGACCAAAAUUGAGCUCAAAGUUGUUAGGUAGGGCACAGGGUUUUUUGGCAUCAACCUCACAAACCGAGCUUGAUUUUCUUAUGGUUAUGAACUUUGUUUUGUUUGAAGGAAAAUAUAACGGGAGUGCCAUCACUAUCUUAGGAAGGGACGUUGCGUAUAAUGAAACCAGAGAAAUGUCUGUAAUUGGUGGGAGCGGUGUUUUUCGAUUUGCUAAAGGAUAUGCUGAAGCUAACACAAUUUCUUAUGAUCCUAUAACAGUGAAUACUAUUGUUGAAUACAAUAUCUUUGUUUCUCAUCAAUAUUGA